AUGGCUGAAAUUGUUGUUUCUACCUUCUUCACGGUGGUCUUUGAAAAGCUGGCUUCUGAAGCUUUGAAGAAAAUUGCUCGUGCCAAAGGAAUCGAUUCCGAGCUCAAGAAAUUGAAAAGAUCACUAGGCCAGAUCCACGCUCUGCUUAAUGAUGCUUCUCAUAAGGAAAUAACUGAUGAAGCUGUUAAAGCAUGGCUGAAUGAUCUCCAGCAUUUGGCUUACGACAUAGAUGACCUACUUGACGAUUUGGCAACUGAAGCUAUGCAUCGUGAGUUGACCGAGGUAUCGGGAGCCACCACCAGCAAAGUAAGAAAGCUAAUCCCAAAAUGUUGCAGCAAGUUCUCAUUAAGUAGUAGGAUGCAAUAUAAGUUAGAUGAUAUUAGCACCAGGUUACAAGAACUAGUGGACGCAAAAAAUGAUCUUGGUUUAAUUGUAGUGACAAAUGAAAAACCCAAAAUUGUAAGAUAUGAGGCAUGUUUGGUAGAUGCAAGUAGUAUUGUUGGACGUGAAGGUCAUAAGAAGGCAUUGGUUCAACAACUUUUGGUGGGUAAAGAUGAAUCCUGUAGUCAUCAGAACUUUAGUGUCGUGCCCAUAGUUGGUAUGGGUGGAGUAGGUAAAACAACUCUAGCUAGACUUUUGUAUGACGAAAAGGAAGUGAAGGAUCACUUCGAACUCAGGGCUUGGGUUUGUGUUUCCGAUGAGUUCAAUAUCUCCAGUAUAAGCAAAGUUAUUUAUCAAUCUGUGACUGGGGAAAACAAGGAAUUUGCAGAUUUAAAUCUGCUUCAAGAAGCUCUUAAACAGCAACUUAUGAAGAAACUAUUUCUAAUAGUUUUAGAUGAUGUGUGGUCUGAAAGCUAUGAUGACUGGGAAAAAUUAGUGGGCCCAUUUCUUGUGGGAGCUCCUGGAAGUAAAGUUAUCAUGACGACUCGGAAGGAGCAAUUGCUCAAAAAGCUGGGUUAUGCUCAUGUAGACUCACUACAGAGUCUGUCACAUGACGAUGCUCUGACUUUGUUUGCUCAACAUGCAUUGGGUGUUGCUAACUUUGACUCACAUUCAGCACUUAGACCACUUGGUGAAGGGUUUGUGAAAAAAUGUGAUGGCUUGCCUUUGGCAUUAAGAACACUUGGGAGGCUAUUGAGGACAAAAACAGAUGAGGAAGCAUGGAAAGAGCUGUUGGAUAGUGAGAUAUGGAGUUUAGGAAAUAGAGAUGAGAUUGUUCCGGCUCUAAGACUAAGUUACCAUGAUCUUUCUGCCUCUUUGAAAAUGUGUUUUGCAUACUGCUCCUUGUUCCCCAAGGACUACGAGUUUGAGAAGGAGGAGUUGAUUUUAUUGUGGAUGGCUGAAGGGUUUUUGCGCCAAUCGACUACAAGCAAGUCAAUGGAGCGUUUGGGUCUCGAAUAUUUUGAAGAGUUGUUGUCAAGGUCGUUUUUUCAACACCUGCCUGGUGACAAAUUGUUGUUUGUGAUGCAUGAUCUCAUGAAUGACUUGGCUAUAUCUGUUGCUGGAGAUUUUUUUUCAAGGUUAGACAUCGAGGUAAAAAAGGAAUUUAGGAAGAAAACUUUGGAAAAGUACCGCCAUAUAUCAUUCCAGUGUGAUGAUUUCAUGGGUUAUGAAAGGUUCGAGGCAUUCAAAGGAGCUACAAAUGUGAGAACAUUCCUAGCAUUGGAUUCUACGAGGCACACAAAUCCUGGAUCAUUCAGCUUUUCAGAUAAGAUUUCGGCCAACUUAGUUCAACAGUUACCAUUACUAAGGGUUCUAUGCCUGAGUUACCUGACAAUAAGCGAGGUUCCAGAGUGUGUUGGUAGUAUGAAGCACUUGCGUUAUCUGAACUUAUGUCGUACCCACAUCAGAAGUUUACCAGAAAAUGUGUGUCGUCUGUAUAAUUUAGAGACAUUGAUAGUUUAUCGCUGCACUUUUUUAGCUAACUUGCCUGGGAACUUCUCAAAGCUUAAGAAUUUGCGUCAUUUUGACUUUAGGUGUACUCCGCUUGUGAAGAAAAUGCCCUUAGGUAUUGCUGAGUUGAAAAGCCUACAAACUCUCUCUAAAAUCAUUAUUGAAGGAGACGAUGGAUUUUCAAUGACCAGCCUUAAAGACUUAAAAUAUCUCCAAGGAAAAAUUUCCAUUACUGGGCUGGAAAAAGUGCAAAGUGCAAUGCAUGCACAAGAACUGAACUUUUCCCAAAAGAGGAUAAGUGAGUUAGAGGUGGAAUGGAGUGAUGUAUUUGAUUGUUCUCGAAAGGAAACACUUGAAAAGGAGGUCCUCUGUGGGCUGAAGCCUCACAAUGAUGAUUUGAUAAAGCUUGGAAUAGUGUCAUUUGGAGGUAAAGAGUUUCCAAAUUGGGUUGGGGAUCCCUCAUUUCUUCGGUUGGCUUGUGUGUCGAUACAUGGUUGCAAAAAAUGUACAUCUCUACCACCACUUGGGCAGCUACCUUCACUAAAGAAGUUGUCUAUUCAUGACAUGGAUGAAGUGAAGGUUGUAGGCUCGGAAUUACCUGGAAAUGGUCUUGCAUUCCCUUCACUUGAAAGUCUAUCUUUUGUUAAUAUGCAGGAAUGGGUGGUAUGGUCAGGUACAGUUUUUCCAUGUCUUCGAAAGCUUUGGAUAAGUGAUUGUCCUAAGUUGGUUAAAAUCUCACUUGAAGCACUACCAUCACUAAGGGAGCUAACAAUAAAUAACUGUGGUCAUGAAAUGCUAACAAGUAUAGUUGGUGUAACUUCAUCAGUCACCCAGUUUAAUAUAAGUUACAUCCGUGGUCUAACUGACCAGCUGUGGAGAGGUGUUAUAGAGUAUCUUGGGACAGUUGAAGAAAUAAAAAUUGAACGGUGUAAUGAAAUAAGAUACUUGUGGGAAUCUGAAGAAAAGUCAAGUAAGGUACUUGUAAAUUUAAGGAAGUUGGUAGUGUAUUUGUGUUCAAAUUUGGUGAGUUUAGGAGAGAUUGAGAACAACUGUGGCAGCCACCUAACAUCUCUUAGGAUCUUGGAAGUAAAGUUUUGUCACAGAUUGGAGCGUUGCAGUUGCCCAGAUAGCAUUGAGACGUUGAAUAUACGUGGGUGUCAUUCGAUUACGUCUGUUUCUUUUCCAUCAGGAGCGCAGAAACUCAAGUCAGUUACGAUUGAUGGUUGUAAGAAACUAUUAGAUAAUGUGGUGGGAGGAGAAGAUGUGACUAGGGUGCUUAUGAACUCAAGCAUGACCAUGCUUGAAUCUGUAGAGAUAAGUUGUUGGCCAAACCUGAAAUCGGUCAUUGAAUUGAGUCGCUUCAUUCACCUCACCAAAUUGGAAAUAACAGAUUGUCCAGAGAUAGAGUCAUUUCCAGACCACGAGUUGCCCAAUCUCACUGCCUUAAAACAUCUGACAAUAACAAAUUGUCCAAGUAUGGAUGCUUCAUUCCCUUGUGGGCUUUGGCCUCCCAAACUGAGUCACCUUAAAAUAGGGGGGUUGCACAAGCCAAUCACAGAGUGGGGCCCACAGAAUUACCCAAGCUCACUUGUUGAACUACGGUUAAUUGGUGUUAGAGCAGAUCUGAGUAAUUUUAGUCAAUUGUCCCAUCUUCUUCCUCCAUCUCUUAUUUAUCUUGGCAUAAAUAAAUUUGAGAAUCUGGAAUCACUUUCAACCGGACUCCAACAUCUCACCUCCCUCCAACGUCUCUCCAUUUUCAUGUGCCCAAAGACGAUAGAUCUACCAGAAAUGUUGUUGCCUUCACUUUUGAGUUUGAGAAUCUAUAGUUGUCCAAAUCUGGAACAACGGUGUAGUAAAGAAGGCUCUUACUGGUGGCCCCGCAUUGCCCACAUCCCCUUACUCGACAUAUUCUGA